UACUUAGAUUAACGCAGCGUCGACUUAAAAUAUUUAAGUUGUAUUAUGAUAGAAAUGUGGUGAAACAACUGGUUAAAAAAACUGCCACGCUGACUUUAACUAAGUUAAUAACAUGGAGCUUGUUGCUAAUGAAUAGAUGGUGCUUUUAUUUUGAGCGAAAAUGAACGGAUGCUGGACAUGUUCCAACAAGUAUCCCUGAGAUCAUAGUUCACUUCAAACUAAUAAAUGAAAAUACGUCAAAAUAACAAAAUGUCGAACGUCAUUCUUUUCGUGUUUGUCGUCCACGCAUUCCAUUAAACUGACAAUAGUGUGUUUCACACUCUUAUAAUGCGGACGUUAUUGUUAACCUAACCAACAGCCUUUCGGCGUUGAUUAAACAUCGCGUGCAACAGAAGUUUGGGUGGAAUUAAACCGGAAGUGUCAGCAGAAGGAGGAGCCGCUGCUGCUGCUCUUACGGUCGCUGCGGUAAAAGUUUUUCUAUAUCGUGAUCCCAUUUCCUGGUACUGUCCCGACAAUCCGCCGUAUCCCCUUAAUCGGACCCCCAGAAUUAGCCCAUAACUUCUGCUGACAUGUAUCGGUGUUUCGGAGAACUCCUUACCCGAGCAGCCGGAUCUGUGCUGGCCGUUGACUCGGCUCUGCCAGUGUCUUCCUCUCUGUUGCGGCACCACCGCGGCUACAGCCAGGCCGUGGAUCAGGAAGAUGACCCGAACUUCUUCAGCAUGGUGGAGGGUUUCUUCGACCGCGGUGCGGCGAUUGUGGAAAACAAGCUAGUGGAGGACCUGAGGAACCGCGACAGUCCCGAGCAGAAGCGGAAGACUGUUCGCGGGAUUUUGAGGAUCAUUAAGCCGUGUAACCACGUUCUCAGCCUGAAUUUCCCCCUGAAAAGAGACAACGGGGAGUGGGAAGUUAUCGAAGCUUACCGGGCUCAACACAGCCAGCACCGCACACCCUGCAAAGGAGGAAUUCGUUAUAGCACAGACGUUUGCAUGGAUGAGGUGAAAGCCCUGGCUUCGCUGAUGACAUACAAAUGUGCUGUGGUUGAUGUGCCGUUCGGUGGAGCUAAAGCUGGAGUGAAGAUUAACCCAAAGAAUUACUCUGACACUGAGCUGGAGAAAAUCACCAGACGGUUGACGAUCGAGCUCGCCAAAAAAGGCUUCAUUGGACCUGGUAUUGAUGUUCCAGCUCCAGACAUGAGCACAGGUGAGAGGGAGAUGUCCUGGAUCGCAGACACCUUUGCCACUACCAUGGGACACUUUGACAUAAACGCUCAUGCCUGCGUCACUGGAAAGCCCAUCAGUCAGGGAGGAAUUCACGGUCGCAUAUCUGCCACCGGACGUGGAGUUUUCCACGGCAUUGAAAACUUCAUUAAUGAGGCUUCAUAUAUGAGUCAGCUUGGGAUGUGUCCUGGCUUCCAAGACAAGACCUUUGUGGUCCAGGGUUUUGGAAAUGUGGGUCUUCACUCCAUGCGUUACCUUCAUCGAUUCGGAGCCAAGUGCAUUGGGGUGGCAGAACUGGAUGGAAGCAUCUGGAACCCCAACGGCAUGGACCCAAAAGAGCUUGAGGAGUACAAACUGGAGAAUGGAACCAUCGUUGGUUUUCCGAACUCGACCCCAUACGAAGGAAACCUUCUUGAGGCCGACUGUGACAUCCUGAUCCCUGCAGCUGGAGAGAAACAACUGACCAAGAGGAAUGCACACAAGGUCAAAGCCAAGAUAAUUGCAGAGGGUGCUAACGGUCCAACCACACCUGAGGCUGACAGAAUCUUCAUGGAGAGAAACAUCCUGGUGAUUCCGGAUUUGUACCUGAACGCUGGUGGAGUGACAGUCUCCUACUUUGAGUGGUUGAAGAAUUUGAAUCAUGUCAGUUACGGACGACUCACCUUCAAAUAUGAACGAGACUCAAACUACCAUUUGCUCAUGUCCGUUCAGGAAAGUUUGGAGAGGAAGUUUGGGAAACAUGGAGGCUCCAUUCCCAUCGUUCCUACUUCUGAGUUCCAGGCCAGAGUUUCUGGAGCCUCUGAGAAAGACAUUGUCCACUCAGGUCUGGCCUACACCAUGGAGCGUUCAGCCAGGCAAAUCAUGCGCACAGCCAACAAGUACAACCUGGGCCUGGACCUGCGAACGGCAGCGUACGUCAAUGCUAUCGAGAAGGUGUACAAGGUUUACAGGGAGGCGGGGCUUACCUUCACAUAGGCCCAGAGACGUCACCUCCCAUAUUGUCUGUUACUUCCUGCCUGUCCGUCCAUCACCUCCUUCUGCCUUAAUUCCGCUAACUCUUAAGCUGCAAAUGCUUUCAUGUACUUUUGUCUUUAUUUUCUGUUAUAUAAAACAGACAAUUCUCAAACCACAGCUUUAAACUCAAACCUGCUACUUCCUUACAAAUUAGCGUUGGAAACAUAUCAUUCAAACACACAGAACUUAAAAAACUUUAAAAAGUCUGAGCCAAGAAGUAUUUGGUGCAGUUUAAAUUCACUACUGGAUCACAUGACUCAGACUCAGUAAACCACGUUCUUUUGUCCAGGCAGUGUUUGCAUUUUCAUAUCAGACAGUUAGCUUUAAUAUUUGUUGUAUUUUAUUGUUACUCUAUUAAAGGACCAUUCCGCCCUUAUAUUUUGUUUUUCCAUCAAGUUUCAGCCCUGUUUACCAAGACACCUGUUCACACUAGUAGUAAAUCAUUCUUUACAGUUGGUCAAAUGUUACAAGAAGCUAAAAAAAACACUAAAUACCAUGCAUUUUUGCUAAUUGUUUCAGAAAUUGCGGAAUGAUCCUUUAACUGUUACAUUCUAUUUAACAAAAAAAAUUCUGCCACAUUUAACUACUUUUUUCUUUAUGUUUUGCUAAUGCUAUGCUAGUAAAAAUAACAAUCUGUGUAGUAAAGCUAAAACUCUGUGGAGGUUUGUUUAUGCUCAACUUUAGAUACCUACUUUAGAUUUACCUACACUCAUCUGACCCAGCCGGGAAGCACAAGAUAUGCCUCUACUCAGCCCACAUAGACCAUUAAAUAGGAGUUCUUUUAAGACUGACAUCUGGGCCUCAGGAAUGACUCAAGACUGGAUUUCCUGGAUUUCCUGUUCCUUGGCAAGACAGGUUGUCCGGCAAACUUUUAACAGACUUUCUUUGGCCCAGAAUUUAGAUACUGGUCAUGAGUUACUGAAAGCAAUGUUACUUUUAUGUAUGUGGGCCAAGUGACCACUUAAGCCGUACACAAAUGAAGAUAUGAGGGAAGAGAGGAUGUAGAGCCUCAGAAAACUGACUUCUUAGAGGAUUCUUUUGGGACUUUGUAAGAAGUUGUCAUCUUAGUGUCUCUGUCGAAGCAUGUACAAUAUCACCAAAAUCUUCCAUGUGUCAAAUCCUCGACCUUCUGUGUUGUCCUUGAGUAGAUUCUCUGCUUUGUAUACACACCAGCAAAUGCUAAAGUUGUGUCUUGAUACAGAGGUUACUGUUUAGUUCUGUGCUUUUAAUGGGUUGAGAUGUCAGUAGUUUAAGAACCAAAAGAAUAU